CAAGUAAAAGAAAAAAGAAUAGGAUAAGUGUGUUGCACGGGCAUGUGCGCUUACAUUGGCCGUGAAUUGGAUGGAAAUUUUUUUAUUUUACAAAAGAAACUCGCUCUAGCACGUCUUCAAAAUUAUCCUUACCUAUAAUUCUGUAUAUGUUAUAUAUAUUUAAAAGCUCACUAUAACGUGAUUCCCUUGCGCGUCGCAUACGUUCGUCAUCGUCAUUUUCUAACUUCCUUUUUUUUCUUGCUUUUCGCUCUUACUGGAUACGGAAAAGACGGACUUAACUGUUUGGAAAAGAGAGGGGAACCCCCUCUUUCAGUCAGUUUCUUGGCAUGUGCGCCACGAGCCAGUCCCGCGAGGUGGACGGCAGUCGUUAGUUCAAAAUAAUCCGAAUUCCAACGUGUUCUCGUACAACAACCUGCUCUCCAGCACACGUCCUAUGUGCUACCAGUUGACUCAAAAGAAAAUUACGAGCAAUCCGUGGGACUGUCCACGCGCGUUUGUCAAUCGUUCCAGUCAAAUUUGUCGGUCAAGUGUCAUAGCAGUGAUUCUUUUUUCUAGUAAAUCUUACCAUUGUGAAUGGAAAAUAAAAUCAUGAGUGUGCUUAUCAUGAUCCACUUCAGCCUGAUUACUAAUCUCAUUGAAGCUUUGAAUAUUUUUUAACUCAUGUGGAUUGUAGUUAUAAUCUACAUUCAAGAAUCACUAAAAAUGUGUCAAUUGGCAAACAAACAUCUUUUCAAGUAAUUAUAUGACUGUUGGUGUGUAUUGUUGGUGCUCUGCGAAUCGGCUAAACUUUUUCACUAAAAACCGGGAGUAAAAAUGAUUGGAACAUGUUUAAACUUACAUAGGCAGUAUCAUAAUGCAAAUAGAGAGAGAGCCAGGAUUUCUCAGUGGCAUCAUGACGAAAUCUAGGAAAUUUUUUAUAUUUAAUAAAAAGUUGUUCUAAUUGUGACAACGACGAUUGAAUUUACGAAAGACUACUAUUACUAUUGAAUAUUUGAUAAAUAAAUAUUCUCAUAAACAAUAAUAAUAAAAAGUCGUCCUUAUGUGUGUUUUGGACUUGUUAACAGACGUAAGGACUUGGGUGUCAGUGGUCCUGAUGCCUUUGAUUUCGCGAAAAAUAGUGCCCAAGGAUUGGUGGAUUCUUCAUCGUGAAUUAGAUGACACAGGGACGUUUUGAUCGUGAUAAUAAAGAGUGUGUUAAUAGAAUAUAAGAAAGAAACAGCGCAGAAAAACGAGAAGAACAAAAGAGGAGAAGAAAAGCUUUUAAAUAUUUAAGAAAAGGAAGGAAGACAUCGUGUAAUUGUCGUGAUUGUAUCGAUGACGAAGACGUGACACAUCUAGACCGUAAAACGUUGCAACCCAAGAUUUAAUUUCGUGGAGAGAGACGAAGAAGAAAAGACAGAGCAAGUGCGUUUGGGUGGUAGGGACAACGUCGCGACAUCUUCGACGAAACCGACGGACGUGAGAAUAAAUCAGUGAAAAUCGUGUCCAUGAAGCGACAAGAUGAAGACACGGAAACUACUUUUGCCGGUGUUACUUACUCUCGGCAUCGUAUCUUGUUUAGCAUUUUCAACGACUGCGGAUGACCAUCAGCUGGAAGUUAAUUCCAAGGACCGGCGAUAUCCUAAAGUAUUCAGUAAAUAUCGAGAUAAAACGUCAAAGGGAAAAUAUGAUCCGGAUUUCAUGGAGAAAAUUAAUCCCGAAGAGAAUGAGGAUGUUCCUCAAGUAUUAGAAGAUAAUAGCUCUGGAUACAAGAACAAUCGAGCUAUAAAUGUCCCAAGUUCUGAAGAUUCGGAAGUGAUCGUACACCAAACGAUCCAAUCGACCCUGCCGGCUAAAAAACUGAAGCCAGACCAAAAGAUUACAAUCAAAGGGAAAAAAAUAAAAAAUGUUACAAUAGCCGAUGGAAUUUGUCAAAAUGUCGAUAUACGAAAUCGAGUUGAUAACUUUGAGAUGUUAAAAGAUUGUCGGAUUAUUGAAGGUUUUCUUCAAAUAGUUUUGAUGGAUAAUAAUACAGAGACAGAUUUUCAGAAUAUUAGUUUUCCAAAAUUAAGGGAGAUUACAGGAUAUUUAUUAUUAUUUCGUGUGACAAAUCUUCGCACUUUAAAUACAUUAUUUCCAAAUUUAGAAGUUAUAAGAGGGGAUCUUCUUCUAACUGACUAUUCCUUCAUGAUUUACGAGCUACAAAAUUUACAAGAGAUUGGAUUAACAAAGCUAACUAAGAUUCUACGUGGUGCUGUGAGAAUCGAAAAAAAUCCAUCACUCUGCUAUACAAAUACAAUAGAUUGGAAUGAAAUUGUCGUUGCAGGAGAAAACUUCAUCAAGGAUAAUGGAAAUCCUAGUUCUUGUCCGGGCUGUCCUUCUUGCCCAGAUGGUCACUGUUGGACUGCAAAAGACUGUCAAAAAGUGUCUAAACCGGUAUGCCAUCCUCAAUGUCUUGCUGAUUGUUUUGGACCAACUGAUAAAGACUGUUAUGUUUGCAAAAAUUUCCGUGUGGACGAUAGAUGUGUAGAGAAAUGUCCGCCGCAUUUGUACGCUUACGUUUCUCGGCGAUGCAUUACUGAGGAAAUGUGCUUGAAGAUGAAUAAUCUUCGGCAAAAUAAGGAAGAUAAGAGAAAAUGGCGAACAUUUAAUGGUCUAUGCAUUAGUCAGUGUCCAGAUGGUUAUGAAGAAACACUUGAUCAAAAUAAUAUUACAACUUGUAAAUCCUGCAAUGGAACUUGUAGAAAAGUAGCCAAAGGCGGUAUAAUUCGUCAUAUAUCAGACGCUCAAACAUUUCGUGGGGUGACAGUAAUCGACGGUGGGCUUGAAUUUCGAAUACGAAAUGGUAAUCCUAAUAUAAUAAACGAACUCACAAAUGCUUUUGGAAAUAUCGAAGAAAUAACUGGAUAUUUGAAAGUCACUCACUCUUUUGCUAUAUCAACAUUAAGUUUCUUGAAGAAGCUACGAGUCAUCAAGGGUGAAAAAUUAGAGAUGAAUAACGCAAGUCUCAUAAUUUUAGAUAAUCCGAAUCUCUCGAAUUUAUUUGGCGAAAAUCAAAAAAUUCAAAUCACCAACGGUCGAAUGUUUUUUCAUUACAAUCCAAAGCUAUGUAUGUCAAAAAUUACCGCUUUAGCUAACAUGGUAGGAAUAACUAACUUCACAGAAUUAGAGAUUCAGCCAGACUCAAAUGGAGAAAAAGUUGCUUGUGAUAUUGUGAACAUAAACAUUACUGUAAAACAAAAAGGAUCAAGUGACGCAACUUUUGAGUGGGAAGUUUAUAAUCCAAGAGACGGUCAAAGACUUUUGAGUUAUCUCCUAAAUUAUAUAGAAACUGAGAACGAAAAUAUUACUUUUGAGGCAAAUUCUUGUGGUAAUAACAACUGGCAAAUUGUUGACGUAGAAAUUCCAUCAACAAAUUCUUCAACUUCAGUUGUAUCCAAGUCAAUAACUGAUCUUAAGCCUUAUACAAAAUAUGCAGUUUAUGUUAAAACAUUAGCGGUAAGAAAUAAAAAUUCAUUCCGCAGUCCAACAGGGCAAUCAGAGAUAAUUUACUUUAGAACAGAAGCAGACGUUCCAUCGGUUCCAACAGACGUUAUCUCAUUUCCUGCAAGCGAUUCUGAGAUAGUAGUCAAGUGGAAUCCACCAGAUCAACCAAACGGACCAAUAGCCAAGUAUAUUAUCUUUGGAUAUCUCAGAUCAGAAGACGACGACUUCCUUCUUACUCGAGAUUACUGCAAAAAUGGUUUAGUAGCGCCAGAGGUUCCAGAAGUGCCAGAAGUUACUGUAAAAACACCUGUUAUAGUUCCUAAAAGUGAAUCCUGUUGUAUGAAAGAACCUCAAGAGCCUACGUCAAAAAAAUUCGAAAUAUUUUGUAAUGAUAAUAUGACAAUAAGUUACCUUUCACAUGGUAAAAAGAAUUAUUGUGACUUUCAUCGUUAUAUAGUAGAAGAGAAGUCAAAUUUUAGUGACAGUCUGUCAUUACGAAUAUCAACACAGAAUUCAGAUAUAAAGAAAAAAAGCCUCGAUGACUCAGAGACUCGAAUAUACAAUAAUACGUAUUACUCGUUUAUAUUUAAUUCAAGUGCCAAUAGUAGUUCAUAUCUUCUCAAGAAACUUCGACAUUACUCUCUCUAUACAAUUUCUGUGGCAGCGUGUGGUGAGAAACUCAAUAAUGGCAGUCAAUUAUGUUCUACGAUUCAGUAUACUAAUUCAAGAACUAAAGAAAAACUCAGUGCUGAUAACGUUAAUAAUUUAAAGGCGUAUGUGUCAAAUGACACGAUUGUUAUCAUCACCUGGGAGCCAGUACCGGAUCCAAAUGGUCUGACAGUAGCAUACACUAUCGAGUAUACGAAUCUCAAUGUACCAAAUGCAAAAAAGAACACCAUCUGCAUUCCAGAAGGAGUACAUCGUCGGAAACGAGGAACUUAUUCUAUCUCGAAUCUCAGUCCCGGAAAGUAUAGUUUAAGAAUGCGGUCUACAUCGCUUGCGGGAGACGGCAAUUGGUCGCAAGCAUUUUAUUUUAGUAUUGAUGUAAAAGACGAUAACAUACCGUUAAUUUCAGUAUUGGUAGCUUUGUCUAUUUUAGUGAUUGCAAUUAUCGCAGGUUAUCUAUCUUAUAUAACUGCCAAGAAGAAGAGGCAACAAGCACGACUAAUUGCUAGUGUUAAUCCGGAUUAUAUUGAAAGUAAAUAUGUAAGAGACAAUUGGGAAGUGCCUAGAGAGAGUAUUAAAAUUUGUGAAGAGCUUGGGCUAGGUCAUUUCGGUAUGGUUUACCGAGGAGUUCUCAAUGGCACUGAACAUGUUGCUAUUAAAACUAUUCCAGAAAAUUAUACUGAAGACGAUAAAAAUGAAUUCCUUAAUGAAGCUUCAGUAAUGAAGAAUUUUUCAACCUAUCAUAUAAUUAAAUUGUUAGGCGUGAUUUCUGAAGGCAAUCCGCCAUAUGUAAUAAUGGAGCUCAUGGAGAAUGGUGACUUAAAGUCGUACCUGAGGAGGAUUCGAGACACAGAAUCAUCUCUAGAAGUGUCAAGGAUCGUCAGGAUGGCUGGAGAAAUUGCCGACGGUAUGGCAUACCUCGAGUCUAAAAAAUUUGUUCACAGAGACUUGGCAGCAAGAAAUUGUAUGGUCUCGAAGAAUCUUGUAUGCAAAAUAGGAGACUUCGGAAUGGCCAGGGACAUUUAUGAGACUGAUUAUUAUAAGAUUGGCCAAAAAGGCCUGCUUCCUAUUCGUUGGAUGGCACCGGAAAACCUUUCCGAUGGUGUAUUCACAUCAGAUUCUGAUGUAUGGUCCUUUGGUGUUGUUCUCUAUGAAAUUCUUACUAUGGGCGAGCUUCCUUAUCAAGGUUUUUCAAAUGAUGACGUACUAAAUCAUGUGUUACGUAAAGGAAUUGUGAAUAUUCCAAGAAAUUGUCCAGAAAUUAUUUUGAAAUUGAUGGAAAAGUGUUUUAAAUGGCGUCCAAGUGAAAGACCAACCUUUAUGGAAAUUAUUGCUGAACUUGAGCCGUUUUUAGCCCAAGACUUUUGUGAAAAAUCUUUCUAUCAUUCGGAAGAAGGUAUAGAAACACGAAAUUUAGGUAUUAAAAAAGUGUAUCAUCAUGCUGCCCCAAUUCGCUUCCACUGGGGGAAUGAAACAGCUCGUUGGGUACGUGAAUUUGAGGAUAAUGUGACACUACUGGAUCAAACAAGAACUGGUGCCAGCAGAAAUCGAAUUUUCAAAAAUGGAUUCCAACAUUUUGGUAAUGUACUUGCCUUGGAAGACGUACCUUUGGAUCAGUAAUUUAUAAAAAUUAUUACGUCAUAGGCAGACAAAAUUUUUUUAAAAUUUAAAUUUAAAUAUUGUCAAGUGUUUAGAAAUUUGGCAAACUUUAAUAUUAUAUGUUUAUAUAACUUCAGUGUGUACAAACGAUAUUCUCAGGGCAACUGUAGUCGACUUAUAGGAGCAAAAAAAUACAAAAACGCGAGAAUUUGUAUAUAUUUAUAUAAAAAAAUAAGAAACGGUUAAAAGAUAAAUUUAAAUCGUUCAAUUUCUAUGACCAAAGUACAUAGAUAAAGUUUAUAAAUAGAGUAAUAAUAGUUAUUUUUCAACAAAUUUUGAUACUUUUCACAAAAAAAAAAAAGAAAAACUCGCGUCUUUCGUAAAUAUUUUUAUGCUCUGUUAUAACGAAAAAAUAAUAAUGUUCAUGUAUACGAUUAUUAUAUUAGUUACGAAAAGAAAAAAACAAAAAAACUGAACCAUCCAACGAUCAGAUGUUAUUUUCUUUUUUUUAAGUUAUUAGUUAUCAGGGAUUAUUAAUUGCUUUUUAAUUUUUUGUUGCACGUAUCAUUUUUUUUUCUGACAGCAGAUUAUGAAAGAGGACUUUCUAUCACUCCUCUAUCAAAAUGUAUAAACUUGUCAUUCCUCAACCGAGCCAAUAUUAUUUGUCAGUUUUCAAAUUCUUGUUCUUUUUUGUUACAAACGAAAUGUGGAGGCUCUAAUUAUAAAUUCAAGUCUCAAUUGAACUAUGUUAUUAUAUUUACAUUGCUCGUGCACCAAAGUUCCUCUGUUACGUGCUUUAUAUGUAAUUUUUUACAUGUGGUGCAAGAUAAUACAACUCAGUAAACUUUGAACCUCCGUAGAAUUUAAUUGCCAUUAGACUGGCUAAUUUAAACUCGACAAUGCAAUACAUAGGUUUACGAUACAGUCACUUGUGUUCCUUCAGUUUUAAUUUUCCUGAAUGAUGUUAAUGUUUUAUAUGUCGCUCACUUGUUAUCGUUUGUUUUUCAUUUUUUUAAUUUUUUAUCAUAGCUAUCCUAUUUUGUACAUAAAUCCAGAUAAAUGUUAUUUCUGUUUAAACAAUCAAUUGCAUCUUGUGUUAAUCAUUAAUCAGUUAUUUGGAUAGAUAUUUGUACAGAAAACGAAACAAAAUAAUAAUUUAAGAUUCUUUGUAUUUGUAUAGAAAAAGAGAAAGAGAGAGACAAAGAGAUAAAAACGCUUCGUUGAAAAUUUUAUAGGAAAAAAA